AUGCGAGUCCAAAACGUCACCGAGGUCACCGAGUUCCAGCUGCUGGGAUUCCAGACCCUCGGUGAGUGGCAGGCCCUGCUCUUCGCCAUGUUCCUGCUCGUCUACCUCCUCACCCUCACGGGGAACGUCCUCGUGGUGGCCGUGGUGAGCCAGGACCCGCGGCUGCGGUCCCCCAUGUACGGCUUCCUCCAGCAGCUCUCCUUCCUGGAGCUGUGGUACACGUCCACCGUCGUGCCCCUCCUCCUGGCCAACCUGGCCUCCUGGGGCCGCUCCAUCUCCUUCCCCGCCUGCAUGGUGCAGCUCUACUUCUUCGUGUUCUUUGGGGCGACUGAGUGUUUCCUCCUGGCCGUGAUGGCCUACGACCGGUUCCUGGCCAUCUGCAGCCCCCUGCGCUACCCCCUCCUCAUGAGUCCUGACGCCUGCAGGCAGCUGGUGGCCCUCUGCUGGCUGACCGGGGUGGGCACUGGCCUCCUGCCGUCCCUGAUGAUUUCCCAGCUGGACUUUUGUGGGCCCAACCAGAUCAACCACUUCUUCUGUGACCUCCCGCCGCUCAUGCAGCUCUCCUGCUCCAGCGCCCACGUCACCGAGGUGGCCAUCUUUGUCCUGUCGGUCGCAGUGCUGUGCGUCUGUUUCCUCCUGACCCUGGUGUCCUAUGUCUUCAUCGUGUCCGCCAUAUUGAGGAUCCCUUCCACCGCUGGCCGGAGGAAGACCUUCUCCACCUGUGGCUCCCACCUGGCUGUUGUCACCAUCUACUAUGGGACCAUGAUCUCCAUGUACGUGCGCCCCAGUGCACACCUGUCACCCGACAUCAACAAGAUCAUCUCCGUCUUCUACACCGUGGUCACGCCCCUGCUGAACCCAGUGAUCUACAGCUUGAGGAACAAAGACUUCGAGGAGGCCCUUAGGAAGGUCAUGAGAAGGCAGGGCCUCCGCUGUGGAGUGGGAGCCGGAGGACAGGUCUGCAGGAGGUAG